AACAGUUUGUGUCUUGUUGCUAAGAUACAGUAAACUAUCGGAGCCGCAGCCCGACUGAGGGCACCAUGGAAAUUGUUUAUGUUUACACCAAAAUACGAAAUGAAUUUGGCAGGCAAUGCAACUUUUCAGACCGUCCUGCAGAGCUACACGUUGACAUUAUUCCGGAUCCGAAAUUAUCCGAGUAUUUCAUCAACAGAAAUCCUUGCGAUGUGGCUGUGCAAUGCUCCAAAGUUUUGUCUGAACAUGAGGCAAACACGGUGCGUUUCCAAACAGAGAACCGAGGGAUUAACCAUGUGGAGGGAGGCUGGCCGAAAGAUGUAAAUCCCAUGGAGCUGGAGCACACCAUUCGCUACCGAAAGAAAGUGGAAAAGGACGAGAACUAUAUCAACACAAUUAUGCAGCUGGGUGGCUUGAUGGAACAUUGCAUUAAACAGAACAAUGCAAUCAACAUUUACCAGGAAUACUUUGAUGAGGAGGACGAUAUAAUGGAUACCGUACAGGAAGCUCUAUCAGCAAAAACUACCAAUGUUUUCAGAGAUCCUAAUAGAAUUAAACGGACGGUAUCUCACCUCUCGUGGCACCCGGAUGGAGCGAGGAAGUUGGCCAUUGCUUACUGUUGCCUUGAGUUUCAACGAGGUUCUCCAGAAAUGAGCCUAGACUCAUAUAUCUGGGACCUGGAACACCCCAGUAAACCAGACAUGGCACUGAAACCCUUCACCCCUCUCGUCUGUCUGGAAUACAACCCCAAAGAUCCGCACAUUCUCGCAGGAGGCUGCUACAACGGACAGAUUGGGUACUGGGACACAAGGAAAGGCAGCCAGGCAGUGGAGAUGCCAGCCAUCGAACACUGUCACAGAGAUCCUGUCUAUAAGGUCAUUUGGUUACAGUCUAAGACAGGAACUGAUUGUUUCUCCACAUCCACCGAUGGUCAGGUGCUGUGGUGGGACAUCCGGAAAAUGAGUGAACCCGUGGAGAGACUUAUCCUGGAUACUUCAAAGAAAGAGGAUCUGGAUAACGCACUUGGAGGCAUCUCGUUGGAGUUUGAAACCACCAUGCCAACCAAAUUCAUGGUCGGAACCGAAGCAGGACUGAUAAUCCUGGGGAAUCGAAAGGCAAAAACGCCAUCUGAAAAGAUCAUGGGCAUCUUCUCCGGGCACCACGGCCCGGUGUAUGCCCUCCAGAGAAACCCCUUUUUCCCAAAGAACUUCUUGUCCAUCGGAGACUGGACAGCGAGAGUCUGGUCCGAGGAUAUCAAAGAUGCGUCCAUCUUAUGCACCAAGUAUCACUUGUCCAACCUGACCGAUGGCUGUUGGAGCACGAUGAAGGCUUCUGUCUUCUUCACAACUAAAAUGGAUGGGACUCUUGAUGUAUGGGACUUGUCAUUCAAGCACAAUGAUCCCACCCUCAGCAUUAAGGUGUGCGACAAUCCACUCUACAGCAUCCGCAUGCAGGAUAAUGGACAAUACAUUGUGUGCGGGUCUCACGAUGGGUCAGCAACCCUGCUGGAACUUUCGGCAGGACUCUAUACACUGGAUAAGUAUGAAAAGAGUCUUGCCGUUGCAAUGUACGACAGGGAAACGAAGAGGGAGAAGAUUCUGGAAUCCCGGCACCGCGAGAUGCGCUUGAAGGAACGCGCCAAGACUGAAGGAAAGGACGAAGAACAACAACCCCGUGAGGGUGUGGCCGCCUCUCAACAGGAAAUUGAGCAAGUGGAGGAAGAUUUCUUCGAAACCAUCAAAGCAGAAAAAACGAGGCUUAUGAAAAGAAAGAAAAAGCAAGAUGAAAGUGACAGGAGUGUUCUGCUGAGCAGUGGUGAUGACGACGAUAUGUGAAGAUACAGAGCAACCAAAGGCUGGAAUUCCAACUGAAUAAACCAAUUCAUUUCAAUAUUGAAGCAACCGACGUCGAGGUGGAAUUAGAUAUUGCCACCUGUACAGUAAGAGAGCACUGGGAUAUUCGUGCAGUAUGAGAUGUUUUUAAAGUUU